AGAGACAACCAUGUAGGACCCAGCUGCAGGACAUACUUUCUGGUACCCACAGAGCUGGCCAAUAACAUUGGGAUUACAUAAAUCAAAGCCAAUAAGCACCCAUAGAACCUCAGAAUGACUUGACAGGCAGUUACCUUAUCUAGUCAGAUCACUCAAAACACGCCAAAGAAGGAUUACCUUGUUUGGAUUUUGUUUGGGAUUCUUCCAGCUAGAGGAGCAGGCUAGCUAGCUAACGUUAACCAAGUAAAGUCCUAAAGUUUUACCUGGUAAAAUACGGUUUAGCUGCUCUAAAUUGAAGUCGAAGAACACUGUAUCUACAUGAAGAUGAUUGACGAUUUCGAGAGUCAUAAGGCCCGGUCCAGCAGAGAUCUGUGGUCCGAGAUCUGCUGGAGCCUGCCUGACGUGCAGGUGCAGGAGGAAGAUCAAGGCCAAGGAGAGGAUAAUGCUGCUCUGUUCAAAGAUUCAUUCCAACCUUCACAUGUUGGCAAUGACCUGCAAUCUAAUGGCAUGUCUAUGAGUUUCUCCUCUCACAGUGUCUGGGAACCUAUGGAAGACUCGGAUGUCUACAUUGCUAGUUUAGAGAAUCGUCUGAAGAGAAUAAAGGGUCAGUGUACUGAGGUGACGUCCAGGGAGAUGCUGCGCUCCCUAUCUCAGGCCAAAACAGAAUGCUGGGAUAGAUUCUUGCACGACGCUCAGAGCUCGGAAAUCUUUCAGGAGGACGAGCUAGAUCAGAGUACCCUGGAGCAUCUAAAGCGUUGGCUGGUACCUGAGAAAGUGGCCAUCAGCGCUGAGGAGCUGGAGUGUCUCCUCCUGCCGUCACUGAGCCGAGAGCAGACCUCCACGGACCAAUCACAGAGCAGACCAGAGGCAGCCGCUCAGAACCAUGAAGAGGACAAGAGUCCCAUACCUGAGAAAUAGCUUCCUGUUCACCGCAGACAUUUUUGUACGUUAUCAUGUGUUAUUCAUGUUCAGAAACAUGAUUGAAUUUCCUGUACUGUCAUUAUUAGGUUAUGUGUAUUUGUCUUUAUUAUUGAGGAGAAAGAAUUCGGUGACAUAUCUUUGCAAAUAUUGGAUCGGUCCAUUUUUUUGUCAUGUUACUCCCAUCAAAUGUUGUUGAUUUUAUGAUCUGGUUCAAAUAAAAAGCAGUUAAUUCUUGGAGUAAUAUCCUGAAACCGCACCGGGUACAUUUUUGUUAGGCUACUACACUAUGUUGGUCUAUAAUGUUGUAACGAGCUUUGGCACUGCUUUAAUUAAGAUACCAGUCCAAUCAAGAGUAUUAAUAGCUCAGAUGAAAUCAUUAUAAAUGUAGCUACUAUAUGGUCAUUACCAUGUAUGGUAAAUAUACUUAUUUUAUUAUAAUGUAUGGUGAAUAUAUACUUUCAUUGUAACGUAGUAUAUUUACCAUACAUGGUCAUGAAUGUAGUAUAUUUACCAUACAUGGUCAUGAAUGUAGUAUAUUUACCAUACAUGGUCAUGAAUGUAGUAUAUUUACCAUACAUGGUCAUGAAUGUAGUAUAUUUACCAUACAUGGUCAUGAAUGUAGUAUAUUUAUCAUACGUUAUAAUGAACAUAGUAUAUGAUUAGCAUUAGUACCAUGUAUGAUAAAUAUGCUACAUUCAUGACCAUGUAUGGUAAAUAUACUACAUUCAUGACGAUGUAUGGUAAAUAUACUACAUAAUGUAUGAUAAAUAUACUACAUAUUGUAUGAUAAAUAUACUACAUUCAUGACCAUGUAUGGUAAAUAUACUACGUUAUAAUGAAAGUAUAUAUUUACCAUACAUAAUAAUGAACGUAGUGUAUUUAUCAUAUAUAUAUAUAUAUAUUUAUUACCAUGUAUGAUAAAUAUACUACGUUCAUUACCACGUGUGAUUAAUAUACUACUUUCAUUAUCAUGUGUAAUGUACUGUGCUAGAUAUUUUAGAUUCUGUAAGUUGGAUGAGAGAUUCAUUUUAAUUGCGGAAGCUUUUGAAACAAAGCUAAUGAACUUGAAAAAGGUA